GCGCUUGGAGAGACGGUACCCUAACCUGCUCUCACUCGUUGUGUCUCGCGUUCUUGCAGAUCUCGAGCAAACCUGCCAACCCAUCUACUUCCUGUAGUCAGCAAUUCCAUCCCUAACAGAGGGGGGAAAAAAGGGAAGGAAGCAUUUUCUAAGUGUUCUAAAUAAGGCGUUCUGAAGAGCAACCUCCACUUGGUCGUCCGUCUGCAACACCCACGAGCUUCAUCGUAUAGAUGCCAUAACUGUUUCUCAUGUUUUAUAUCGCAUGUGUGCUGGGAGGCCGUUGCAUCGAUCGUGGGUAGAAGUAAAAACACGCCGUGGGUUCAAAACAACAAGUGUAAUUAACCCUGCAAAUCCAUGGCACGGAGAAUACAAUAGAUGCGCAUAUUUUCUUGCAUGAAAGUGAAAUCAGUUCAAACUCCGAGCUUGGGAAGGGAAGGGAACUCGACUUACGUUCUAUCAGAAUCCCAAGUGCGUUCAUGUAUUGGAAAAAUGAGGUUUUGGCCCCUCUACCAGAGGGAAAUAAGUUUUUAUCCGAAGGAAUUCCCUCAAAACAGGUGAUUUCUCCAGAAACGCCGCAGAGUACACCGGGUGCCUCGCGCUGCGUGGAAGCCAAAUACACACACGUCAUGUCUCACUCGGACGGAGAAUCGCACCGAUCGAACAUGGAGAGGGAGGACACGCGCUCCUCCCCGAGUCCCCCCUCUACCCCGUAUAUCUGCUCGCCUAUCUCCACCGCCUCCUCGGUGGCGUCCACCGGGAAGAACGUGUGCGCGAGCUGUGGUUUGGAGAUCCUGGACAGAUACCUACUCAAGGUAAAUAACUUGAUCUGGCACGUGAGGUGUCUGGAGUGUUCUGUCUGCCGGACGUCGUUACGUCAACACAACAGCUGUUACAUCAAAAACAAAGAGAUCUUCUGUAAAAUGGAUUAUUUCAGUAAGUUCGGUACAAAGUGUGCCCGGUGCGGCCGCCAGAUCUACGCCAGCGACUGGGUGCGUCGGGCCAGGGGCAACGCCUACCACCUGGCGUGCUUCGCCUGCUUCUCCUGCAAGAGGCAGCUGUCCACAGGGGAGGAGUUUGGCCUGGUGGAGGACAAGGUGCUCUGCAGGAUCCACUACGACACCAUGGUGGAGAACCUCAAACGGGCUGCUGAGAGCGGCAGCGGCAUCACUCUGGAGGGGGCAGUGCCGUCAGAGCAGGACAGCCAACCCAAGCCUGCCAAGAGAGCACGCACCUCCUUCACAGCUGAGCAGCUGCAGGUGAUGCAGGCUCAGUUUGCGCAGGACAACAACCCCGAUGCACAGACCCUGCAGAAGCUGGCGGACAUGACGGGUCUCAGCAGGAGAGUCAUACAGGUUUGGUUUCAAAACUGCAGAGCAAGACACAAAAAGCAUACCCCCCAGCACAGCGGACCCUCGCAAGGCCACCCCCAGUCCCGGAUGCCCCCUUCGCUGCCCGACGACCUGCAUUACUCCCCCUUUGGCAGUCCUGAGAGGGCGCGUAUGGUGGCCCUGCACGGAUACAUCGACAGUGAGUGUUACGUUGGCCACCCAUUCUCCGUUCUAACGACACAGAGCCUGAACCCACAUCAAGCCAUGUCGCUGCCCCAGCUACCCCUCAGCCGCUAACUAAUGUAUGCUGCCGCUGCCCCCCCCCAACCUCUGACCCUUGAAUCCUGACCUCCCAUCAGCAAGAUGACUUAAGGAGAGGAUCAAGAUUUGAGAAGCUCUCUACUCUUGACCUCUCACCCUUAACCACUCGGACAGAGAGCGAAAGAGAGAGAGACUGCCUCAUCGACUCUUUUCCCACGAACAGGAUUAUGAUUAUACAGCCAGUCUGACUGUUGUCAUGGAGGAUGUGAGCCCUUUUGCUCACUGGGACUUAUUCAAGGCCAAGACACAUUGAACCAGACUAUGAGCUCCUUGUGCAGAGCUGGACUGAAAGGACUCCUCUCUCCAUCCUCCGAUGGGGGUGACGGGACCAGGCUAACAGGAAUACAGCUUCAUGUAUUCGGCAAGGGAUUGGACUUGUGAGCUUUACAGAGGACACGGAGGUAAGAAACCUCCCUCCUUUCUCUCUAUGAUGAUACCAUGAAGGAAUGCGAAAUUACUGAGUUUUGUUGUGGAAUCUGCUUCGAACUUAAAAUUAGUACGAUUUUUUAUUUUUAAGUCACAGCUGUUAGUAUUGGUAUUAUUUGAGAUCAUGUGGUAAUCAGCGCUCUUCGUUAAUACACUGUCAUCAGCAGCCUUCUGUACAGGAUAUAAGCCUCAGAUGAGGGUAGAUUGUGUGCCUUAUCUUAUCCAUGAUAAGCAAACAGAACGACCCUAAUACGGUUGUUUUGAAUUAUGACUCAUUUCCAGGCAGCUGAGGUAAAACACCACAAUUCACAAAGAAAACGAAAAACUCACAUUUAUUAGGAUGAUUUAAAAAAAAUAGUGGCAAGGUGUAACUUUACAUUUUUACUGGUGAAAAUAUUGAAAUACAAUUUCUUUUUUUUUUUUUUUU